AUGGGCAAAAAGCGCAAGAGAUCCAUCAAGGACCGCGGUCCUGCGCCCUCGUCUCACCCGGGUAUCACCACAUCUCCCCGCCGUUUCAGAACUCCCCAUGCCCCAAUUUCCCUGGGAAGAAAAACAAAUCAUCCCGUUAUCUCUCUGUACUACCGAAAUGUCAUGCCCCUGCGGGAAUACCUCCUUCAGCAACUCCCCGUGACUUCAAAGUCGCGUCGGCGCCGUAUUCGAACACUAGGCUCGCGCGCAGAGCAAGACCCUAGUGUACAAUCUCAAACAUUGGUGGAACUCCUCGACUCCACUCUUGUGGGUGUGCUGAAGGAGUCCUCUCCGGCAGUCAACUCAGAACGACAAAAGGAAUAUUCGUCUUUCACUCUGUCGCAAUCACGAUCUAUUCUUGACAGCACAGAUACGGGGCCGACCUGCCUGCAAUCUGAGGUGGUCGAUUUUGUGAUCUGGAAACUCUUCAACAGUGGCUCGAGACCUCAGCAUCUGCUGGCGCAUGGCUUUCAGCGCCCAGCCAUGGGGCGGGCUGCCCAGGACACUAAUAUCCCAGGAGUUGUGUCUCAAUUUCCAAAUAAGAAUGUGGAAACUGUCAAAGGGGGCGCAUGGGCAGAGAUCCUUGGCUUGCUCGGGAGCAAUGGGGAGCAGAUCAUGGUGCAGCUCCUUCUCGAUUGCGGAAUCUUUGCUGCGGUCAACGCCCAAAAGGGCAUUUAUUACCAACUGAGUGGUUUACCGCUCUCGGUCCUUGAGCCUCUACGCGAUGCUUCUUCGGCAUCCAAUGGGCCUGCUACUACAGGGCAGACUGAUAUCUCAUUUAAUGGUCAGAAACGUCCCAAAGUGAACAGAAAAUGCAACCAAAACUCCGAUAAGGAACUCCGAAGUCCAAACGGCAUCGUGUUUCUACGGCGACGCAUGCUCUAUGGACGAACAGAGUCCAAAAGAGAAGUACCCUCUGGAUUAGGACAAGAACAUGUUCUUAACCGCUUCUCUUCGCUCGAUUCGACGGCGCAAACAAUCCACGUGAUGAAGUACAUUUUCCCUCGACAAUUUGGACUAUCCAAUAUUUUUACGAUAAACCCAGAUGGUCGCAACAAUAUGGACCUUUGGAAGGGUAGCAUGGCCCGUGAAAGUGAGAUAUCUGAACUGGAAAACAAGGCACGGCUGAAGCGCCCGGGGCUUGUAAACGAACACGCAGGCGCAGAUUGCAGCGUGAGAAGUACCAAGGUACCUAAGAGACUUCGUGGAAAUACCACGGAGCUUGUUCGGAAGCUGCGGAACCGCAAUGCACAAUGUCCCUACAGAGAAUUGCUGCAAUACUACUGUCCAACCGAACAAACUGGACCCAAGAGACUUGGCGCUUUUGCUACCUCCACGCCAGGUGCCAAAGACAGGGAGCCAAUUUCGUCUUGUCAGUCAAAUUUGGUGACACAGGUGACAAUCAUCAAUCAGCCAUCGUCAAACGGUGAUUUGGUGCAGCCUUCAUGCGAUGGCUUGAGAUCAGGGCCGCGAAUCGAUCCAUCUUGCGGGACAGAUUCCGAGCGAUUGCCGGUGAUUCAACCUGGUCCAGGCAGUCUGACCGACUAUGCCACUCCGGCUGCUUCGGUGUCGGCAUUUUGUCGAGCAGUGAUCCAAAAGUUCAUUCCCCGGCAGUUUUUCGGCACCGGACCUGAUGGCGUUUCGAACUUUAAGCUGGUUCUCAGACAAGUUGAUCGGUUCAUCAAAUUACGUCGAUUCGAGAGUUUAAGUCUGCAUGAAGUAUGCAAAGGCGUCAAGAUAACAAGCAUUCCAUGGCUGGAGCCACCUCAGAUCCAGACUGUACGAUCUGAGACAAGGUCGAAGAUUGCUUUAUCCGAUCUGCACAAACGCACCGAGUUGCUUCAUGAAUUCAUCUUUUGGGUUUUCGAUUCACUUCUCAUUCCUCUCGUUCGUUCCCACUUCUAUGUCACCGAGUCGCAAACGCACCGAAACCGUCUGUUCUAUUUCAGGCAUGAUGUUUGGCAGCAGUUGACCCAGCAACCUUUCGGGGACUUAAAGGUAACUAUGUUCGAGGAGCUUGAGCCAGAGCGUGCCCGCCGCGUACUCUCACGGCGGGCCCUCGGUUUCGGUGCCCUUCGUUUACUCCCCAAGAAUACAGGUAUUCGGCCCAUCAUGAAUCUUCGCAGGCGGGCCGUGACGAAAUCAUCAUGGGGAAAGGGGCGCAUUUAUCUUGCUCCCAGCAUCAAUUUAAGCGUCACACCUAUCUACGACAUGUUGAAAUACGAGAGCCAACAGGCUCCCCUCAAGCUAGGCUCGUCAAUGUCAUCUGUUGGAGAUAUGCAUCGCCGGUUGAAAUUGUACAAAGAACAAGUGUCUAUGCAAUCCCUUUCGACAUCUGAGCCUGGAAGGUCCAAACUCCCGCCGUUAUACUUUGUCAAGCUGGACAUAAAAGCUUGCUUCGAUACUAUUCCCCAGCGGAAGUUGAUCAAUCUUAUCACGGAGCUGGUCUCUGAAGAGAACUACAACAUCUCGAGGCAUGUCGAAUUCCAACCGCCUGCUUCCGUUACCCAACCAGGCAAGCCCACACGAAGAUAUGUGAACCGCGCCGCGCCUGCCAUGAGACCGCAACAUCUUCCAGAUUUCAUCCAUAAUGAACCCUCGGCGCGAAAGGCCAACACCGUUUUUGUUGACACCGUAUUCCGAAAAGACCAUGAUGCUGGGGAUCUUCUAGACUUGCUUGACCAACAUGUCCGCAAUAACUUGGUGAAGAUAGGCAAGAAAUACUUCCGCCAACGCAACGGUAUCCCUCAAGGCUCUGUUCUAUCCGGUCUCCUCUGCAACUUCUUCUACGCUGAGCUGGAACGAGAGAUGUUACGUUUUAUCGACCCCAAGCACUCUCUCCUUAUGCGACUCGUGGAUGACUUUCUCCUCAUCACAACUGAACCGGGCGUGGCAAUGCAGUUCUUGGAAGUAAUGAUCCCGGGUCAGCCAUCCUACGGCGUGCAAGUUAACGCAGCCAAGAGCAUGACGAAUUUCAGCGCCGCAGUCGAUGGCAUUCUGCUUCCUCGCCUGGAAGGAUCACCAUUGUUCCCGUAUUGCGGCAACCUCAUCGACACACACACGCUAGAAAUCCAUCGCGACAAAGACCGUCUUCUGGAGGGCGGCGAGUCAGCCGCUGCCACUCUUUCCGACUCGUUGACUGUUGAGGCCGCCCGCUUGCCUGGCCGCACCUUCCACCGCAAAGUGCUAGCCUCCUUCCGCCUGCAACUACAUCAGAUGUACAUCGAUGAUGAACACAACUCGCGCGCAGUUGUACUCUCCAACUUGUACUCCAGCUUCGUCACUGCUGCCAUGAAGAUGUAUCGUUACAUGAAGUCACUUCGGGGACGUGCGCAUCCCGGCCCUGCCAUCAUAAUCCAAACAAUUCAUGACCUCAUCUUGCAGACGGCUGGCACGAUCCAAGCCCGGCGAGCCGAUAAGUCGAAAUCCUCGUUAUCGUGUUUUGCCCAGCGGUCCCAUCUGCAGUACCUAGCUUCCGCGGCAUUUCGGUUUGUUCUGAAGCGCAAGCAAACGCGGUAUGCGGUGGUGUUGCGCUGGCUGGAGUUGCUGGCCAAAGAUUCUCGACCCACAUCGGAUUCCGAGGCGUUGAGGAUGACGCAGGUGGUGAAGAAGGGAAAUGCCAUGUUUGAGGAAUGGCGAUUUUAG